AUGGCAUCCAAACAAGAAAUAAUGAGUGACCAGCGGUUUAGGAGGGUUACAAAAGACCCAAGAUUUUGGGAAAUGCCAGAAAAGGAUCGAAAAGUCAAAAUUGACAAGAGAUUCCGAGCAAUGUUUCAUGACAAAAGGUUCAAGUUGAAUUAUGCUGUGGAUAAAAGAGGACGUCUCAUCAACCACAGCACUACAGAAGACUUGAAACGUUUUUAUGACCUUUCAGAUUCUGAUUCUGAUCUAUCUGAUGAAGAUGAUAAAGCAUUGAACCAAAAGAAAAUGAAGAAGAAAAAACCCCUGACUAACAACAAAAUAGAAUCAAAUCUAGUGGAGGAGAAAAAGAAAGAAACCAAGAAAAUUAAUCAAAAGGAUUCUGGAGAGAAAAAUGGUUUAGAUGACUCUGGCAGAAUUCAGAAAAUGAAAAAGUCAUGCAAAUCUAAGAAGGUAAAUUCAAAAAUAAGUCCUAAGAAAGACAGAGAAGAGUUUAUACAAAAAAGUAUAAUAGAGAAAAAAAACAUUGUUCGGCAUAGUACAGACUCAUGUCCCAAAGGAAAACUCAGCACAGGAGACUUGGGCCUCUCUGAAAUUGCAAAAUGUCCCAAGGUCAAGUACUCUGAGACAAGAAGACAAAUGCAAUCAGUGGUUCCACUAUUAAUGGCAAGAGAAAGCAAUGAUUAUGAAAACUCAACAGAUGGUGACAUAUUUGACAAAGAUGCUCUGGAGGAAGAUUCAGAAAGUGCAAGUGAAAUAGAUGAUGAAGAAUCUGAAGAUGGAAUUAUAGGCACUGGUAGAACUUCAGCUGAUGAUUAUAUUGAUGGAAAUGAAAGUGAUGAGGAGGAAGAUGAAGAUGAGGAUAGUGACAAUGAUGAUGAAAGUGACAGUGGCCCUGAUCUUGCGAGGGGUAAAGGAAAUAUAGAAACCAGUUCUGAAGAUGAAGAAGAUAUGGCAGAUUUACUGCCGGAGGACUCUGGUUUUGAGCAUGCUUGGAGAGAAUUAGAUAAAGAUGCUCCUCGGGCUGAUGAGGUUACACGUCGAUUAGCAGUUUGCAAUAUGGACUGGGACAGAUUAAAGGCGAAAGAUUUGCUAGCUCUGUUCAAUUCAUUUAAACCUAAAGGAGGUGUUAUAUUUUCUGUAAAGAUAUAUCCUUCGGAGUUUGGAAAGGAGAGGAUGAAAGAAGAACAAGUUCAAGGACCAGUAGAGUUAUUAAGUAUUCCUGAAGAUGCCCCUGAAAAGGACUGGACUUCUAGAGAAAAAUUGAGAGAUUAUCAGUUCAAACGACUCAGGUACUACUAUGCAGUAGUAGACUGUGAUUCUCCUGAAACAGCUGGUAAAAUUUAUGAAGAUUGUGAUGGCCUUGAAUUCGAAAGUAGUUGUUCAUUCAUAGAUUUGAGGUUUAUACCAGAUGAUAUUACUUUUGAUGAUGAGCCCAAGGACAUAGCCUCAGAAGUGGACUUAACAGCAUAUAAACCAAAAUAUUUCACAUCUGCUGCAAUGGGAACAUCAACGGUGGAGAUCACUUGGGAUGAGACUGAUCAUGAAAGAAUUACAACACUCAAUAGGAAGUUUAAAAAGGAAGAGCUUUUAGACAUGGAUUUUCAAGCCUACUUAGCUUCCUCUAGUGAGGAUGAAGAGGAAAUAGAAGAAGAGUUACAAGGUGAUGAUAAAAUCAGUAUAGAAGAAGAUGGGAAAACAAAGAAAAGUCAAAAGGAUGAUGAAGAACAAAUUGCUAAAUACAGGCAGCUUUUGCAAGUUAUUCAAGAAAAAGAAAAGAAAGGCAAAGAAAAUGACAUGGAAAUGGAAAUUAAGUGGGUUCCAGGUUUGAAAGAAAGUGCAGAAGAGAUGGUCAAAAACAAGUUGGAAGGAAAAGAUAAUUUGACCCCCUGGGAACAAUUUUUAGAGAAGAAGAAAGAGAAAAAAAGACUGAAGAAGAAACAGAAGGCUCUUGCUGAAGAAGCCAGUGAAGAUGAACUUCCCUCUGACGUUGAUUUGAAUGACCCAUACUUUGCUGAAGAAAUUACAAAAAUAGGUAUAAAAGAAAAGAAAAAAUCAAUGAAAUCUACAAAAGAUGGCACAUCUCCAGUGGAAGAUGCUGACAUAGAGAGACAAAAGGCUGAAAUGGCUUUGCUCAUGAUGGAUGAGGAGGAAGAGAAUAAGAAACACUUUAAUUACAACAAGAUUGUAGAGCACCAGAAUCUGAGCAAAAAGAAGAAAAAACAGCUUAUGAAAAAGAAGGAAUUAUUGGAGGAUGACUUUGAGGUAAAUGUUAAGGAUGCACGGUUUCAGGCAAUGUAUACCUCCCACUUGUUCAAUUUGGAUCCUUCAGAUCCUAAUUUCAAGAAAACAAAAGCUAUGGAAAAAAUCCUUGAGGAGAAAGCCCGGCAGAGAGAACAAAAAGAACAAGAACUUACUCAGGCAAUAAAGAAAAAAGAGAGUGAAAUUCAAAAGGAGUCACAGAAGAGGUCCAUUGAUCCUGCCUUGUCAAUGUUGAUUAAAUCUGUAAAAAAUAAAACACAGCAGUUUCAAGCAAGAAAAAAACAAAAAGUCAAGUAGCUGUAUAUUGUUUCUUUUUGGAUUGAGAAUGUGUUCUCCUAAAGUAUACUGAAGUGAUUGAAGGGAAUAUUUAUUGGGAACAAAGCUAUUUUUCAAGAAUAUUAAUAAAAUCUUAUUCUGACCAUUGUAGAAUUUCUCCCACUUGUAUAACAAUUUGACCUAAUUGUGGAUGAUUGACAGAUUUGUCCUAUAUAUUACUACAGAUUAAUCAUAAUUAAUUUAACAAAUUAAAAUAGGGGAUUUAUAAAACUUUUGUAUUCUGUGACACUCAACCAUACUAGUAGAAACUUACUCUUAGCCUAAUUUUUUAAAAGAUGGUUUACAAUUGUAUGUAAAAAAUAGAGCAGUACCCAGUUUUUUAAGUCUGAAUAAGAGUUAUAAUUUGAAAAUAUAUAUAUGUUAUAUACAUUAGUUUCUCUGGGAAGAGGAGGCAGAUUUAGGUGUCUGUAAAUUUAUUUUUCUAGCCAUAAUGUAUAGAAGCCAAAAAUUUUCUUUAUUUUGUUUGUUCAUGUUUAUUAUAGUUUGUUUAUAAAAUUAAUUUGUAGAUAAAAGUGGAAAAUAUUUUUAUUAUUUUGUGUAGGACUGAUUUAUUUCAUUUUAUGCACCUUAAAUAAAAUACUCUCUGAAAAAAUACCUGAAAAGUUGAUUAAGAGGACAAUUCAAUGAAGAGGCAGUUCCAAGUUUAUAUUGCUUAUAAUUGUGUUUGAAAUGUUUGUGAACUCUGCAAUGAUUUUUCUAUUUGCAAUAACAGAAAAUUCUUCUGUCUGCCCUUCAGAUUUUUGGAAUGCUUAAAAGGGUAGAUAUGCUGCUAUAGAGUUUAAGGAAUCUGAAUUCCUUUUAAAAUUAAAGCACUACUUUAAGGCCUUAGUACUCCUGGAUCUCAUCUGGUCUAUCUAGGUUUUGUACACUAUUAACCAUUUAGAGAGGAGAAUUAGGUGUACUAUCUAAAUAAAUGAAAAUAAAAACCAAAAUGGUCACUUGAAACAAAUGAUAAAUAUGGUAGCUUCUGAAGAACAGUAGUUGUUUAGCCACGUUUGUGGUUAAUAGUAAACUUGACAUUUUUGGUAUAAAAAUUUAUGUGUUUUCAAGAAUUAAAGGAUGGAAAGGAGGUAUGUGAAGAUAAGGGUGUAUAAACAGUCUCUGAAAAAAGAAAAAAAAACAUUUAAAUUGCUCAUUAUAACAGGAAAAUGCAGAGUAUUGUGUAGGAAAUUAUGGGUUUUUAAAUAAAACACUGGCUUUGUUAAGUAACUCAGCGGAAUAGAUCAGUGUUCCUAUUGAUCCCAUCUGUCAACUUCCCAGUAUUUAUCUACUCAUCAUUGAAAAGACCAUGAAAAAAAAAAAAAGAAAAGACCAUGAAUCUUAAUAUGUUUAUGAAUACAGUACAUAAACAGUUUUAUAAUUAUUCAUAUUUCAUUUAUGCAAGGAAAAAUACUUGUUUCCUUUAAACUGUUUAAUCAUGAUGUAGGGAUUACUCAGUUUUAUUUUAAGAUUCCUGUGAAACUUAGCCCUUUGGUUUUUUGAUUGGUUUGUUUUUUUGUUUUUGAGUUCUAUGCUUUUCAGUCACUGUUUUUAAUUAUAAAUCUCAUUUUACUAGUCAGGCAUGUAACUGCUUAUAGCAAAUAAAUUGAGCUUGUAAGUUA